UAGGAAGAUGGGCAAUGAGGAGAUGAUUGGAAUUAAAGGGACAGUGACGUGACUUUGGAGUCACUGGGACAGAGCUGCAGGAAGAAGGAUGGCGGACAAGAUAAAAACUACCCGUACCAAAGAGCUUGAGUUUGGGGGAUCCAUUGGGGCCUUACUUAUGUUGAUAUUCCUGCCUGGGACAGUCCUUUACCUACUUCUCACAUGUAACACAGCCGAUGCCAGCGUAUUACAGGUGCCAGGUCCUCUUCCUCCGCUGGAGACUUUGUGGAAUCCAUUUGCCCUGACACUGCUGCUGAGCUGGAUGUCUCUGCAGGCGGUGCUAUAUAUGUUGCCUAUGGGAACGAUAGCUGAAGGAAUCACUCUGAGAGACAAUACCCGUCUGAGCUAUAAAAUAAAUGCUUUUUAUGCUUUCCUGGCGAGCGCCGUCCUGGCAGGCGUGGCAGUGACGCUCCGGUUACCCCUGUCUUAUGUCUACGACCACUUCCUGGAGUUUGCUGUUGCCGCUGGAAUCACAUCUUUGGCUCUCAGUAUCUUUCUUUACAUCAAGUCUCUGGCAGCACCAGAGUCUGCACUGGCCCCAGGGGGCAAUUCAGGAAAUCCGCUGUAUGACUUUUUCAUCGGGCAUGAAUUGAAUCCUCGUAUUGGUUCCUUUGACCUGAAGUAUUUCUGCGAACUUCGGCCAGGACUUAUGGGAUGGUGUUUGAUCAACUUGUGUUUCCUGAUGAAGGACAUCGAGCUCCGUGGCUCUGCCUCCCUCUCCAUGAUUUUGGUGUGCGGAUUCCAGGGUCUUUAUGUCAUGGAUGCUCUAUGGCAUGAGGAAGCAAUCCUCACUACCAUGGACAUUGUACACGAUGGAUUUGGUUUCAUGCUGGCAUUUGGAGAUUUAUGCUGGGUCCCGUUCACAUAUUCACUGCAGGCAUACUUCCUAGUCCGUCACCCACAAGAACUGAGCACUUCGGCUGCCAUUGGCAUUGUCCUUCUCAAUGCCGUUGGAUACAUCAUUUUCCGAGGGUCUAACUCACAGAAAAAUGCCUUCCGAAGAAAUCCCUCAGACCCAAGUGUAGCUGGAUUGGAAACCAUCCCAACAGCAACAGGAAAGAAGCUUCUUGUAUCUGGAUGGUGGGGUCUUGUUCGUCACCCGAAUUACCUUGGCGAUUUAAUUAUGGCCCUGGCCUGGUCACUGCCGUGUGGUCUCGGUCACAUCUUACCAUACUUCUACGUUAUUUAUUUCACUGGUCUCCUGAUUCACCGCGAGGCAAGAGAUGAGCACCAGUGUUUGAAGAAGUAUGGCCUGGCCUGGCAGGAAUACUGUAAAAGAGUUCCUUACAGGAUAUUUCCAUAUAUCUAUUGAUUCAUCCAUCCGACAACUAAUAGCUGAGCUGUAGUCUGGCAAGGGCAAGAAAAACCGACUGCUACCUGCAGAGAUGUGAAUGGUAUAAGAUUCAUUAUAGAAACCGCAAUGUUAUCUGAAAAGUAAGUCACUAGGAAAUUCACUGUUCAACCAGGGACAAUGCCUUCUAGUACUAGCUCAGCUGAAUGUUGCUUCACACUGGAGAAAAAGUACUUGUAAUCCAUAUG